UAAAGCAAAUAGCAACAUAAAAGACACUGAAGGAGAUCCUCGAACGGAAUAAUUUACUGUAGCCGAUUGGUUGAAAUGUCCAUGAGCUUAAUAGUAUAUAUUUGUUUUACCAAUACUACGGCAAAGAAUGAUGAAAUAUCUCUUGAUUAUUUAUCUAUGGACGCCAGUUGUCUCACAUGGGUCCAGUGUAGGAUGUCCUGAAGGAGUUCAUUUUAACUCUGUGAACCUGAGGAACAUUGCAAAGUGGCAUCAUGGGAAAGACACACCAAAUGACACACAUUACACAGUGGAGUAUGCAAUUUAUGGUGACAGAAUGGAUAGUGGGGCGACACAGGUGCGCUGGAGGGUGAAGAACCAGUGCAGAGACAUCCCUCAGACCCGGUGUGAUCUAUCCAAUGAGACCACUGACCUGGAUGAAGGCUACUUUGCCAGAGUCAAGGCUGUGGGCACAAACCUAUCCUCCAAAUGGGCAUUCACGGAAAAGAGGUUUGACCCCAAAGCUGACACAACCUUUGGACCACCACUUGUAAAACUUGUGGUGAAGGAGAAUAGUGUUACUGUCAAGCUGAAGGGUCCAAUGAGAUGGAAGACUGGAAACAUGACAAAAGAGUACUCCUUGUUGAAAAUAUACCCUCAGAUGACAUACAACCUCUCUGUGUACGACAACAGAAGCAACAAAACGCAUCACUUCACUGUGGAAAACAGAUCCUUUGAAUAUGGGUUGCUUGCCUAUGAAACCCAGUAUUGUUUCUCUGCUAAUUCCCAGGUCCUGUCACUUCCUAUACCUUGGCAUGCCUCUGAAUGGCAGUGCCUAACAACCCCAAAGGAUCCCUUCUACGAUCAGCUGCUACUGAUGCUGAUGGGAGCCGUUGUACCAUCAGUUAUCUGCCUUUUCAUGCUGAUCCUGGCCGGAUGCCUUUUCUACCACUUUGUCUGUGGUAAUAAACAGAAAAGUCCUCCUUUCCUGGAAAUAUUGGACCUUCAGAACCCACCGCAGACUUUCUGUCCUGAGCAUACUGUGACAGUGAAUGUGGUACUGGUCAACAUUGCCAAGCCCAUGGAGUUGAUAACCAUAAAGCCUAACAACAUCCCUGCCCUGAUCCACCAAACAGAGUGGGAGCUCGAACUACCCUACACUUCCCAGCAAGCCCCUGGCAUAGAACCUCCAAAGGAGGGAUCAUGCGAAGAUGAAUUCGGUGAGGCCCAACCAGAACCUCUAGACUAUGGCUUCGUUGGAGCGGCCCCAGAGAUGCCAGAAGUAAGAGAAAGUGAGGCAUCUGACAUUGAGAAAACCCGGCCCCUGCGUCUCAGCCAGGUCAACCCGUACAUAGCACAGAGAUGUGCACCAGGUUCACAGGAGCCUGUGGAGAAUGUUUUGACUGGGAUGUGUUUAGACAUGGACCCCAAGACAGGGCUCUUUAGAAUGCCACUGCUGUCUGAUAUAAAGCUGGGGGUGGAGAGCACAAGUUACAAAGAGCCUGAUCAGAUGGGUCCCUACGCACCACAGCACGUCUCUGUCAGAGAGACCACUGAGGUGGACCUGUGGGGAGACAAAGCUGAAGGGCCCCAAAGUUACCCCUCAGACUACGGCUUCGUGGGAGCAGCCCCAAAGCAGCAGAUGGUGCCAACAAAGUACCCGACGCGGUCUAACAGAAGGGAUAAUCAGCCCCUGCUGCUAGCCCAGGUCAACCUGUACAGAAGCCAGAGGCAAGCUCUGUUUCCACAGGAGUCUGAGGAAGAGGAUGGAUUAGGUGGUGGUAACUGUGUUGACUGGAGCCCUACAACAGGGAUCCUCCAGAUGCCUUUGCUCUCCAAGCCUAUUCCAGAAGUGGAGGGAGCGAGGAAGGACAGGGAGUCAGAGCAGUUGGAGAUCUUACCCAGUGUGUUAGUGAGGCAAUCCUCAGAGGAGAGUGAGGGUGAGAGUGACCUGACUAAACUACAGAAUGUCUGGAGUCUACAGAUCAACAUGGAGGACUAACCUAUUAGACAGUUAACCUAUUGGACACUUAACCUAUCAGACAGUUAACCUAUUGGACACUUAACCUAUCAGACAGUUAACCUAUUGGACACUUAACCUAUCGGACAGUUAACCUAUUGGGCACUUAACCUAUCGGACAGUUAACCUAUUGGACACGUAACCUAUCAGACAGUUAACCUAUUGGACACGUAACCUAUCAGACAGUUAACCUAUUGGACACACAUUAUCACAGCAAAAAAGUUUGUUUACCGUAUGUGGGAGAAUAAUUCAGAUUUCUGUUUGUACCAUUUGAUUCAGUUGCCAAAUCAAAUGAAGGACAUCUUUUUAACUAAUCCAAAAUGCUUGGUGAAUGCUUCAGCAAUGUGAUUGUAACUAAUUUAUUUUUGAGGUUUUGUUUACUUUGUACCUUUUAUCCAUACUUUUCUACUAACUUAUCAUGAUUGAUGAAUUGCCAGAUAGCUUUUUUUGUACAAUUUAAUUCAAAGUUUAUAUGAAGGCACAUGCAAUGCCACUUUACCUCAUGAUGAUUAACAAGCAGGGGGAGUGUUGCUGUAAAGGUUUAUAACCACACACUAAACUAUGAAGACAAUGCAAAUAAAGGAUGUAUACAGUACCUUUUGGACACACCUACUCAUUCAAGGGUUUUUCUUUAUUUUGUCAAUUUUCUAUAUUGUAGAAAAACAGUGAAGACAUCAAAACUAUGCAAUAACACAUAGGGAAUCUUGUAGUAACCAAAAAAAUGUUAAUCAAGAUAUAUUUUAGAUUCUUCAAAGUAGCCACCCUUUGCCUUGAUGACAGCUUUGCAUUCUCUCAACCCGUUUCAUGAGGAAUGCUUUUCCAACAGUCUUGAAGGAGGUCCCACAUAUGCUGAGCACUUGUUGGCUGCUUUUCCUUAACUCUGCGGUCCAACUCAUCCCAAACUAUCUCAAUUGGGUUGAGGUUGGGUGAUUGUGGAAGCCAGGUCAUCUGAUGCAGCACUCCAUCACUCUCCUUGUUCAAAUAGCCCUUUCACAGCCUGGAGGUGUGUUUUGGGUCAUUGUCCUGUUGAAAAACAAAUGAUAGUCCCACUAAGCACAAACCAGAUGGGAUGGCCUAUUGCGGCAGAAUGCUGUGGUAGCUAUGCUGGUUAAGUGUGCCUUGAAUUCUAAAUAAAUCACAGACAGUGUCACCAGAAAAGCUCCAUCACACCUCCUCCAUGCUUCAUGGUGGGAACCACAAGUGCGGAGAUAAUUAGUUCACCAACUCCCAAAAACACGGUACCAAAAACCAAGAAUUUGGAGUCAUCAGAAUAAAGGACAGAUUUCCACCACUCUAAUUUCCAAUGCUCCUGUUUCUUGGCCCAAGCAGGUCUAUACUUCUUAUUGGUGCCCUUUAGUAGUGGUUUCUUUGCAGCAAUUUGACCAUGAAGACCUGAUUCCCACAGUCUCCACUGAACAGUUGAUGUGGAGCUGUGUCUGUUACUUGAACUCUGUGAAGCAUUUAUUUGGGCUGCGAUUUCUGAGGCUGGUAACUCUAAUGAACUUAUCCUCUGCAGCAGAAGUAACUCUGGGUCUUCCUUUCCUGUGGUGGUCCACAUGAGAGCCAAUUUCAUUAUAGCGCUUGAUGGUUUUUGCGACUGCGCUUGAAGAAAUGUUCAAAGUUCUUGACAUUUUCCGCAAUGACUGACCUUCAUGUCUUAAAGUAAUAAUGGAAUGUCAUUUCUCUUUGCUUAUUUGAGCUGUUCUUGCCAUAAUAUUGACUUGGUUUUUACCAAAUAAGGCUAUCUUCUGUAUACCACCCAUACCUUGUCACAACACAACUGAUUGGCUCAAACGCAUUAAGAAGGAAAUAUAUUCCACUAAUUUACUUUUAACAAGGCACACCUGUUAAUUGAAAUGUAAGUGACUAACUCAUGAAGCUGGUUGAGAGAAUGCCAAGAGUGUGCAAAGCUGUCAUCAAGGCAAAGGGUGGCUAUUAUGAAGCGUCUGAAAUAUAGAAUAUAUAUUGAUUUGUUUAACACUUUUUUGGUUACUACAUGAUUCCAUAUGUGUUAUUACUUAGUUUUGAUGUCUUCAAUAUUAUUCUACAAGGUAGAAAAUAGUAAAAAUAAAGAAAAACCCUUGAAUGAAUAGGUGUGUCCAAACUUUUGACUGGUACUGUAUAUCUGUUAUUUCCUUAAACACUUUACACGUUGAUGUCAUUGGUGCCUUUUAUUAUACUUAGCACAUUGAGGCAAUAUUGACUUUACAAUGUUACCUGACUUUUAAAAGCACCAAUGACCAAAAGCAUGUUUAUUCACUUUUUUCUACUUCAUAUUUUGGUGGGUAUGUGAGUGUGACUGUGUGUGCUUGCGUGCGUGUGUGAACUGGAUAACUGUUAACAGUUGACUUUCACAUGGACUGUGGAUAUUUAUUCUCAUGAUCACCUCUUUGAAGAAGUCUACCAUUUAGAACAUGAACUGAGGGACCUUUUGUUUUUGUUUGUUUCAAAAAGGAAGUGAGUCAUUUAUGUCACGAAAAGGCAUCUACAAAGGUUAAAAAAAUAUCUGCCUGUGUUUGACAUUUAUCAUCAUUCCUUAUAAACAGAUUUGUCUUUAUACUGCAGAAUGUGAGCUUUAUUGUAAUCUCUUUAAAGGACAGAACUAGUCUGUUCCAGAUAAAUGAUUGUACACCCUGAUAACUCCUGCUUCCAUCUGCAGGCUUGUUAGUGGUUAAUUAUAAAAUUAUCAUAUAACAACAUAUAAUAUUACAUUGUGUAGGGCAUCACACACACUACUAGUCAUGAUUCAAUGCUGAAAACGACCGUCCAUGUGGCAUAAAACUGUUUGGUAAUAACAGUCCAUGCUCUGACCAAUACCUGAGGAGGUGACGAAGCUGUCUAUGGAAUCUCCAUGUAUUCUAAUCUUCACUGAGUAGGGAGGGAGUGAGGAAAUAGACUUAAGAAUACAUUGUGGUUAUGAAAUAUCUUGUCAUCUGUUCUUAAGAAUAAAAGAUGCAGUUACUGUAGAUUUGGAACAUGGUGUAAAUCAA